CUCGCCCAGGUCUCAGGGCAGAAGCUGCGGCGGCAACGGCGACAGCGACAGCGAGAGGCGGCUCCCCGGAGACGCCUGCCAACUGCCCGCCCGCCGCAGGUGGGCCGGCCCCCGGGAGGAGGAGUGCGGCCAGUUGCCAGACUAUGUUUACACUCCUGCUGCUACUCAGCCAACUGCGCAUAGUUACCUUCGCGUUUCCUCAUGGCACAGGAGGUCCAGAGGAGUCUAGGCAUGCAGGAGAAGAAGUCUUUACAUCAAAAGAAGAAGCAAACUUGUUCAUACGUAGACACCUCCUAUAUAAUCGAUUUGAUUUGGAGCUCUUCACUCCCAGUGACCUAGAAAGAGAAUGCAGAGAAGAACUUUGUAAUUAUGAGGAAGCCAGAGAAAUUUUUGUGGAUGAAGAUAAAACGAUGACAUUUUGGCAAGAAUAUUCAAUUAAAGGACCAACCACAAAAUCAGAUGCUAACAGAGAGAAAAUCGAUGUUAUGGGCCUUCUGACUGGACUAAUUGCUGCUGGAGUAUUUUUGGUUAUUUUUGGAUUACUUGGUUACUAUCUUUGUAUCACUAAGUGUAACAGGCAACGACAUCCAGGUUCUUCAGCCACCUACGCAAGAAGGGGCAGACACACUCCCUCCAUCAUUUUCAGAAGACCUGAGGAGCCUGUCUUGUCUCCAUUGCCACCUUCAGUGGAGGACACAGGAUUACCUUCUUAUGAACAGGCAAUGGCACUGACCAGAAAACACAAUGUUUCACCGCCACCACCAUAUCCUGGACCAGCAAAAGGGUUUAGGGUAUUUAAAAAAUCUAUGUCACUCCCAUCUCACUAAGCCCACCUUGUUGUCUUGGUGAUAUAGGACAUUCACAUUAUUUAAAUGGUUUGUUUUCCCUGAACCAAAAAGACAUGUCAAUUCAGCCCUUUAUGACAAACUGCAGAGACUAAAGGAGGAAUAAGCACGUGUACUAUGCCACUGGAGAUCUGUCAGCAUCCUGGACCUGAACUUGAUCAUAAUCAGCUGGAUAAGGAACUUUGUAUCUUUGCAGUUAAGAAGAGAACACUUUUUUGUUCCUUUUAAUGGUUCAAAAAAUCUGUUAUGGAUGCCACAGCUACAACUGGGGAACUAUCUGUAUCCUUUGUACAGAAAAAGUUUGUAGAUUUCUUGUAUUGAAUACUAAAAAGGUAAGAAUUUCUAAUUGUUAGAUUAUCCCAAGUCAUAAUAUUUGACUCUUUUUUAGGAUUUCUUUUUGGUUGGAAAUACUUCACAGAAUUUUGCAUUUAAAUAUAAAUUGGUGGCCUUUAUAUAAUCACUUGUUUUUUUAUUUUAAAUUAUUGCAUAGCAUUCACCAUAUUUUGCACAUUUUUAUUGUGAACUCUUGCUAUCAGUCAUGUUUUAUUAUGGGGAGUGAGGUCAAUAGUUUUCUUUUAAAAAAAAACAAAACAAACACUUGCUAGAGAGUUAGUUCUUCAGAGGAAACAGGGUUGCAAUGUUACGGAUUUGCAAGGGUUGUUAUACCACCAAAUAAAGAUACAGGCCUCAAAUCUAGGAGUGACUAGAACUUGAUAAGUUGUACAUAUUAAUGAUGAGUAGACACACCCAUUUUCAUUGCUACAUUAUCUGUAUCUGACUAUAACUAUUAAUCUGGAAAAUUUGUUGAAUUUUAUAAAUAAUAGUUUGAGAACCUGGAAGAAGUAACUUACUUUUCUGCUAUCAAAAUAAUAUUGAUUAAAGUUACCAGCAACCCCCUGUAUCUCUUAAUGUCUAGACACAGAACACCACAGGUAAUCAUUUUGACCUAUAUUUUGUAUUUUCUUCUAAUUGUAUAUAUGACCAGUCUUCCCUUAAGAACAUAGUAGAGUAUAAGCUAUAAACUACUGGAAUGAAUGUUUGUGCACAAAUUUAUUUGAGUGGGUGUGUACGUAUAUGUGAAUUUGUUUCCUCUUUGCAGGAGCUCAAAAAAAAAAAUACUCCUUGAGAAAUAGAAAAUUCUGUUCUUUAUGUUUUUUGCCAGGCAUUGCUUUUUUCCUAUUUAAGACCAUUUAUAAAAUUGUAUUUUGUUUUGUAAUUUUUACAGAGGUGAGAUUAAAACUUACAUGCAUUUGAUAAUUCCUUCCAAAUUAAAUGUUUAGAAAAUAUAAAUCAUAUUAUACUGUGUGUUUGAGUGUAUGUCUCUCUUUUAAGACAGCAUGAUCUUAAUGCAGAUAAAAGAAAGAUCUUAAUCAUUAUAGACUGCUGAAGACUUUACCUUUUAUAUUUUCAGAGUCUCUUUGGUUGCGUGUUACAAAGAAAUCAUCUGGCAACAUUUAGAUAUAAUUAGGAAGAAGUCUUUUUAAAGCCACCUACAUUACCUAUAAAAAUUUUACUGUUUGUCAUACCUUGGCUUACAUAAGCACUUUUCCUCAUGUAACUUUGCACUUUGCCCUUAUUUUAAUCCUCUUUAAAGGUCGGAGGCAAACUCUACUCACUUUAGCAAUCACACUAAGGCAUAGAAGGAUAGCUUGACCAAAAUCUAACAUGUUGGUGAGAGUUAGGUUUAGAAUGAGCAAGCACACUUUUCUAGGCCCAUCUCAUACCUAUAGAAUUACACUGUCUCAAAUUAUGAAAUUAUAAAAUAGAGACAAUUCUAAGUCUGUAUGAGAAAUGUAUAAACAUUUGUCAUAUAUACAUAAAUGUAUAUGGGUGCAUAUAUUACAUAUCUGUAUAUGUAUUCUCACACAUGUGUUUCUUAGGAUGAAUAAAAAUACAAGAUACGAUAUAUCUUUUAUUGAAUCACAAUUUGAAAUAUUCCAUGAACUUGUUUACUCCCAUUGACUCACAAGAAUCUAACUGCAAAUCUAGCUUCAGAGCCUGUGACAACCCCGUCACCCCAGCAGUAGCCUAGAUUUGUCAUGUGCCAUCAUUAAGUGUGAAACUGUUGCUCUGACUUGAACAAAUCUAGAAUUUAUCAUUAAGAUUAUGAAAUAACUGGUAUUUGUAGAGCAUCCAAUGUUGAGCUCAUAAUACUUUAAAUAUAAAAAAGAAAAUGUGAUAGAACCAUAAUCAACAAAUACUUAUAGUAAUUAAAAGGAAAAUAUCAAUAUAAAAUUAUUGACACAUAUUUCUGUCCCAUUCACGCUUUUCUAUUCCUUGUAUACUUUUGGUGGUGGGUUUUCUGGUUUGAUUAACUUGUUUGUGCUUCUUCCCUGGGUAACUGAUUAGUGUUAACCAUUAAAUCUGUUUUUGACACAAAGCUUUCUAGUUAGGUAGAUCAGUUUUCCCCUCUAUCACAAUCAGGAAAUGAAUGUAAUAUGGGUAUGAAAAGGGAAUAAGCCUAGAAAAAGACAAAUACACAUUAAUAGGGUUAUACCUGCAGUAGGCUAGAUAAUUCUACACAGAAUAUUCUUUUUUCAAGAUGAAAAAAAUCAAAGAGAACACAAAUUAUGACUGUGUCAAAGUUUUGCAUCUGUUAAUAUUGUGCCCUCUGAGUGAUUAUACAGAGCUGGGUGAAAAUUCUCAGAACAAUUAAAAACUAGAGCAACAGCGUCCUCUGUGUCUGGUUUCCCGUUUGCCUGUAAAAUUCUAAUCAUUUUUUCCUAUUUCUCUGAGAAGUUAUGUAUGUGUGUACUUUUCCUAUAUGUGCAAGAGAAUUUUUUAGUGAGAAAAGUUUGUUAGUGCUGUUUAAAAGCUUAAUUUCAUAUUAUUCAUUUUGCUUUUGUUCUAACUGAAUGUGAAAUAAAUUAGUUACCAGUUUGAUUUGAAAUGUUGUAUGUGACAUUUAUACUACUAGAAGAGUGUCUAGAAUUUCUGUAGUUUUUU